GAUCCAGAGCCUCGCCGCGCAGCCGCAGUACGGCGGGUGUUGGGCGCGCGCGCUGGAACAGCUAGACACGCGCUGCAGGGAGAUGACGUCACAGAGUCAGAGCCGCCUGGCGCUGCACUUCACCCACUGUCACCUGAGCAGCUCAGGCAGGGAUUUCCCAUCCUGCCCUGAGGGGUCAGAGGUCAGCAGGUGUACUGCUGGGAUGGAUCCCGUGGCCUUCAACACCUACACUGAGUUCUUUACCCACACCCACUCCAUCUGCCACUUCCUGCAGGCGGAGGCCUGGCAGAGCCGCGCAGAAAGCACCAUGCACAGGCUGACGGAGGCCUCAGCAGGUGUUGCUGAUCAGCUUCAGUCCACCAGACAGAUGGCCAACGAGCUGAUGGAAGCCCAGAGUGUCGCCUUAAAGGCACAGAAAGAAAUCCUGUCCAAUGGAGAGGAUCUACGAGCCACCCUGAGAGACUCCACUCAGGGUGUGCAGGCGGUCUUCUCUGACCUCAGCAGCGCCUCCAGGCAGCAGCAGGUGGCGCUGUCGCAGCUCUUCCAGCGGCUCUCCUUCCUGCAGGGCUUCCUGCUGAUGGAGGCUCACAGCCUGACUUCCUGCUGCUACAACGCAGCCGCGCUCUGCACCUCCUACCUCAUCACUUCCACCCCUCGCUCCUCCAGUGCCAGGCUGCUGCUGGCCUUGGUCUGCGUCAACUUCUACUUGGAGAAGAAGAUCUACCAGCAUGUGCUGAGCUCCGACCAACCAGAACACCUUCAUAUGGAGCUGGUCUCAGCGUACAUUGCUGCGCUGCGGCGCCUCUCGGUGUGUGUUGCCCUGUGUGUUCUGCUGCUGGUGUGUGUUCGCUACAGAGACCCGGUGCAGCAGAGCCUGGAAGUGCUGCAGCAGCUCAGAGAGACGCAGAGCAACCUGCAGGAGGCGCUACGGCUUGCAGAGAGGUUUACACAGGAGAAGAAGAAAUUGGAGGACCGUCGGCUGCAGUUGAAGAAGACAGCAAGAGCAGAAAGGCUACGGAGCAGAGAGGAAGAGGAGGAAGAGGAGGAAGAGGAGUUCAGUAUGAUGUCAUCACUGGGCACAGGCUCCUCCCACAUGGCGCCUUCAGGUCAGAGCGCCCGUCUCCUCUUCCACUCCUCUUCCCAUCAUGCAUCAGUCCAGACUCCGCCACCCCUGGUGUACAGCGUCCUGGUGGAGGACAGGAAGCACCGCUACAGCCUGAGGAGCCGCCGGCGGUCAGACCUCAUCUGAGUGACGUCAUCAGUGAUGUCAUCUGCAGCUGGAAAUAAUUAUUUUCAUUUUUAUAAAGAUAAAAUAAA